GUCGGUGACGCCCACCCGGCAGGCACACUGUACGGAAGCCUGUCGGUGGUGUUGGGGAACAAGAUAAUUGUGCGUAGAAGUCUAGAGGAUGGCCCUUCGGAUCAGUCUCAAGCUGCUGAUGGGCUACGGACUUACGAGAAGAAGCCCAGUGCUGCCCAGACACAUAUGCAUGACGCACAGGAGGGCAAACUCGAGCAACCCCGGGGCCGCUAAAAGUCUCAAUACCCCCGAUGUCAGCAGUUUUGUUUCUCGAUCGCACACUUGCGGGGAGUUGUGUUCUGCCCAUGUUGGCGAGGAAGUGAGUCUCUGCGGCUGGCUUCAGUAUCAGAGACAGGGGCUGUUUGUGAUCCUGCGGGAUUUCCACGGGCUGACCCAAGUGAUUCUCCCCCAGGAUGAGCAUGGAUCUGCGUUGAAGAAGUUGUUGAGCGAGGCUCCUUUAGAAUCAGUGGUGCUAGUCAAGGGAACGGUCAUCGCAAGACCCCCUGGGCAAGAGAAUCCAAAAAUGCCAACUGGAGAGAUUGAGGUUCAGGCUAAGGAUGCACAGCUCCUGAACCCCUGCAAGAAGCUACCGUUUGAGAUUAAAGACUUUGUGAAGAAAUCAGAGGCUCUGCGGAUGCAGUAUCGUUACCUGGAUUUGCGUAGCGCCCACCUACAGUACAAUCUUCGUCUGAGAUCCGCAAUGGUGAUGAAAAUGAGAGAAUAUUUAUGUAACCAACACGGCUUUGUAGACGUAGAAACUCCCACGUUAUUUAAAAGAACUCCAGGGGGGGCCAAGGAGUUUGUAGUUCCCACUCAAGAGCCUGGCAGGUUUUACUCGUUGCCCCAGAGUCCUCAGCAGUUUAAGCAGCUUCUCAUGGUUGGGGGGUUGGACAGAUACUUUCAGGUAGCAAGGUGCUAUCGAGAUGAAGGCUCAAGACCGGAUCGGCAGCCUGAGUUCACUCAGGUGGACAUAGAAAUGUCCUUCGUUGAUCAGGCCGGGAUCCGCAGUCUGGUGGAAGGAUUGUUACGGUACUCCUGGCCUAAGGAAAAAGGACACCUCCCAGACCCAUUCCCCAUCAUGACCUAUGCCGAAGCAAUGAACACUUACGGCUGUGACAAGCCUGAUACUCGCUUUGACAUGAAGAUAACUGAUGUCACAUCGCUGCUGGCAGCGGCAGAGCUGGGAUUUGUGCAGGAGGCUCUCGGGAGACCCCAAGGUUGUGUAAAAGCGAUCCAAAUUCCUGCCGGAGCAAAAUUUCUGAAGAGGAAAGAGUUGGAUUCUAUGAUUGAGAAAGUUAAAGAGCAGCAUAAACAGGACAUUAUGGCAGCCGUGCUGAGAUCAGAUGGGACCUGGAAAUCACCAAUACAGAAAUUAAUCAACGAGGAGCUGCAGAAGGAUCUCGUCGAAGCUACUGGCGCUAAACCGGAAGACAUUGUGUUGCUGGCAGCCGGGCAGCGUGAUACAGCGUGCACAGCUUUAGGGAAGCUUCGCUUGGAUGUUGCUUCUCACCUGGAAAAAAGUGGGGUGUCUGUCCGUGACCCCACUGCCUACCACUUCUUAUGGGUAGUAGACUUCCCCCUCUUUCUGCCGAAGGAAGACAAUCCACAGGAGUUGGAAUCGGCUCACCAUCCCUUCACUGCUCCGCACCCGGACGACACGGAGCUUUUAUACAAAGAGCCAGAAAAGGUCCGCAGCCAGCAUUAUGACCUGGUUCUUAAUGGUAAUGAAGUUGGAGGGGGAUCAAUUCGUAUCCACAAUGCAGAACUGCAACACUGGGUCCUGGAGAACAUCCUAAAGGAAGAUGGACGUCUUCUCUCUCACCUGCUUGAAGCGCUAGAGUCCGGAGCCCCCCCACACGGAGGAAUAGCUUUAGGACUUGAUCGCCUUAUUGCAGUUAUUGUGGGUGCCCCGAGUAUCCGUGAUGUUAUUGCCUUCCCUAAAUCAUUCCGAGGUCGUGACCUGAUGAGCAAUGCCCCUGAUUUUGUAUCUGAUGAAGACCUUCAGCUGUAUCACAUCAAGGUGACAGGAGACGGAAUCAGCGAUAAGUGAUGGGAAGUUCCAUAUAACGAGAAUCUAG